AUGUCCAGCGCUGCAGCAGCACCUUCAACAGCGGCCAUGCACAACGGAAGAGCGAGCGCGAGCGCUUUUGACUGUAUGGAUGGGGGCAUCGAACCCGGAGCCGACUUCUUCGAGGGGAGCAGCAGUUCUAGUGAGGGCGAGGAGGAAGAGGGCGAAGAUCGACGCCGAACCAAAGGCGAGAAGGAGCAGAAAAAGGACACUCAUAGUGGGAUGGAGGAUGCUGAUGAAGAUGCUUGGGAAUUCUCUUCAUCGGCCUCAUCAAUAUCCGUUCAUGGAACCGGCAAAGCGAAUUCCGGGCUAGGCAUCAAUCUCGACGCAAAAGAACGCAAGACGGUGACGGGAAAUGGCUUGCUCCUAAUGAAGUGGAGAUCUGGCGAAUCCGGAGAAGGCCAGGUACUCCACCGAGUUGGUGAGUCGUCUACCGCAGAUGUGGACAUGGACGCAGAGGAGGACGAAGAAGAGGAUGGCCUGAGUGAAGAGGAAGAGCGCAAAGGCAGGCCUUCGACGCGUCGCCCGCCUACUGAGGCCCCCGCAAAUAGCAAGGACAACAACAGUAAUGACAAGGGAAAUGGCAAGCCCAGACAAGCGCGGCAGAUGAGCCUUCGGCGACUCGCACCCGGCAGUCGAGAAGGAGUCCGCCUGGUGCAUAACCAUGGCUCGCACUCCCGUUCAGGUUCUGCUUCGGUGUCAAGAACACCGAGAGACUCGCUCGUCAGUGCAGGAGAUGCGGCCGACCAGCAGUGUGGACAAGGCCAUCACCGUAAUUAUUCAUUCCCCACUUCAAUACCAUCCCUCUCGGCGGUCUCGCUCAGAGGCUCAGCGGAAUCAUCAACGCUGGAGAAACUUCCUGCGGCCCAAACACGGCAUCGAAGCGACACAAACGACAGUUUGAACGCAGUUCUGCAGACUCAUGCAAUGACGAUGCGGGCGUUGGAGUCAUGGUCCCCAACCGCUUCCUAUGCUCCCGUGCCCGAUUCUCCAGAACGAACGAAAUGUGCUAGGGCUACCCUGGGGUUCUCUGGCGAUCAGGUAUUGUCUCCCUUGACAAGGGGAGGCAGUCUCUCUGCUUCCCGACACAUCCACAUCCCGCCUAUUCUCCCUACAAGACCCCGACAUCAUCCUCAUUCCAGAAGAGCAGCGAGUGACGAGCCGACUCGGUACAACUAUGAUGUUCGUGACAACGAAGAAUACUCCGAUGUUGAAGAGGGAUAUAGUGACCGUGACGAUGCAAACCGCCCGCCGCAUCUCCCCCCGCACUUCGUACGCACGCCGUACCCCCUUACGCCGAAGAAAGAGUUCCCUCGCCCCAACACCCGCCCGCGGCGCCAUUCGUUGCAUGAUGCGAGCGAGGGCGAAGAAGGACGCCUGGUCAGACAUGCACGCCCCGCCGGAGACCACCAUGUGCGCACAGGAACAGAUGAGGAGAACUACUCGGAUCAGCAGCUCAAAGGCAGCCUGGUGGUUGGGCUUGUGCCGUCGACGAGCGACAAAUGGAGCGUUAAAGGGAAACAGGUACUUGGACUGGAGCUUGGAGAUGAUGAGGGGAGGUAUGUACGAAGUGGAGGGGCAGGGGGAAGGUGGCCAGUAAGGAGGACCCAGAGUGAGAAGGUCAGACGAGGUGGGAAUGGGAGAAUUGGAGGAGGUGUUGGCCGUGAAGGAGGAGUCAAUAGUGGUGGCAAACCUCUCUUCCCAAUCCCACAUUCCGGGACGGCGGGAGGGAGCGAUGGAGUGAUGGGUGCAACGCAUGGAGUCAUUGGCAUCAAAGAGCUGGGCGUCGUACGCAACGACGACACGAGCAAGCACGUGGUAUACAUCAGCCUACGACACCGAGGGUGCGAGGACGGCAUUUCAAAACGGCUGGAGCGACUUGAGAUACCAAGAAACCUAACUGCCACCACGGCUACACACUAUCCCUGGCGAGGCGAGGGAACCAAGGGCGCAGAGAAGAAUCCCCGGGGAGCGAGUAAACUGGUGUCAAAGACCACAACGUGCGAUUUCGACGACGCAUUCUUCGCUGAGCACCUACAUCUCGCAUAUCGCCACCUUGCAGGAUCUUGGUUCAGACGCGCACUCAGCGCAAGGAAGCUUAGCUAUAUCCAACUUGCCCGAGUGGAUAUCUGGAAUUGCGGAGCCUCGCCCUCGGCGGCCUGUACCCCUGAGCGCAACUCUAGAACCAGCACAGCUUCCUCCACUGGUUUGCUCAUGGCCGUCCAAGUCCGCAGCGGAGGAACAAGCGGUGUUGGCAAUGAUGACGAGGCCAACAGCUUUGACAUUGAUGCCUCGAAUCCGUUCACCGAGGAGAAGCUGUGGGAUCUGUGGCGCCAUCCGCAGGAUGGGAAAGGGAGAUAUACGUGGGUGCACUGGGCGAGGCGGAUAGCGGCCAUGAACCCAGGGUUACUGGGCGUGGAGAGCGAAAAAGACUUGUCCUCCUCAUCCCCGCCAACCGGAACCUCCACCCUUACCGUCCAACUUACCCACGCCUUUUCCAUCCUCCGUCUCUUGGUCGCGCUUUCUGUCAUGAUCGCCUUGACCGUCGCAGCGGCCGUGCUCUGGAUCUUCCUUGGGACGAGCGGUUGGCGUGGUCUUCAGGCUGGGGGAAGGGGGAGAGAGUAG